AUGGUCUUUUCAGACUUCCGCCCGGCAUUGAUGAGAGACGCAUCGUCAUUGUACGGUGAAAUAAGAGGUGUUACUUUAAAAGUUGCGAGUUAAAUAUCAGCAUGGCUUUACCACGAGUCUUCAUGGAUGUGAUUGCUGACGGCCAGCCACUAGGAAGGAUUGUUAUUGAGUUGAAAGCUGAUGUUACUCCCAAAACUUGUGAAAACUUCAGAGCGCUGUGUACUGGUGAGAAGGGCUUUGGAUACAAAGGAUCGAUCUUCCAUCGUGUGAUCCCUAACUUCAUGCUCCAAGGAGGUGACUUCACAAACCACAAUGGCACUGGUGGGAAAUCUAUCUAUGGCGAGAAAUUCGCUGAUGAAAACUUUGUCCUGAAGCACACUGGACCUGGAGUCCUUUCCAUGGCUAAUGCUGGACCUGAUACCAAUGGAUCCCAAUUCUUCAUCACCACUGUCAAGACCACCUGGCUUGAUGGAAGACAUGUUGUCUUCGGCAAUGUCAUUGAAGGAAUGGAUGUUGUAAAACAAGUAGAAGCUUUUGGUUCACAAUCUGGAAAGCCCUCUAAGAAAGUUGUCAUUGCUGAUUGCGGCCAGCUUUCUUAAUACUAUAUGUAAUAUGCAAUAUUUUAAGUUUAUAAAGUCCUUUUAUGUAAUAUCUUCCCAGUAAAAAUAAACUAAUUGUAUAGGUUACUGUGGCUCAUUCCAAUUUUGUUAUAAAGGUUAUAACAGCUAUGCUCUACACGGCAAAUCCAUACUGCAUUUAUCUCUAUGCAUGUUCUAUUCAUAAUAAAUUAAUUUAUACUUA